UCACAUUCGUCUGUCUGCGGUCAAACGUCGCGAACGCGUCGGCUGCCUACCGAUUAAGCUGUUUCGGAUGUGCAAUCAGGAUUCAAUUCUGGUGAAAAGGAAAUAAUUUUCCGGACAGAAACAACCAGAUACAUUGGAUUGAUUUUUGCUUUGACGGUAUUCGAUAGAAAGCAAUUUUCUUGCUGAACGAUCUAAAGUGAAAGUGGUGAAAAAUGCUACAAAGAAAUCGACUUCUGUGACCAUCAGUCGUCUCAGUUUGUGAAGUGAAUGGACGAAAAAAUGGCAACAAGGAAAAAAGUUUUCUCAUAAACGAAUCUGCUUGUUGACAAUAAAAACAAGAGUUUUGGAUGAAACCAGGCGUAUAAUUAUAAUAAAGUAGAAGACCGGUAAACAUAUUUGAUUUGUGCUACGGCCAAACUUCGUGUACCGAGCUGUUGUGCAAAAUAGUCUUGUCCCCUGGGGGAAGUCAUCGCGUUUGGAUACCGAAAUUCGCGGCCAUCUUUCUCUAGACGCUGCGUACCUACGUGUGCAAAGUGAUUUGGUGUACUCGUAUCUCGUUGUGUUUGUGUCUUGCUAGUGCUGUGUGAGUAGUUACUGGAAGAAAAAAAAAAUUUCCGGUGGAAAACCGAUGUAGGCCAUCAUCAUAAAAACGAAAAUAGAAAAACCUCAGGAGACGUUCAACCUCAAAAAAGUGGCAAAUAGUGCGGUUUGUUUUGUCCGGUGUCCAUGUGGACGCGGUGCCGCUGCUGAUUACGCACUGCAACGGAUUGCAUAUCAGUUCCGCAUACAAACAGUGAAAAGUAUCGAGAUUAAAAUUGUUCGCGUACGACUUCUGGCCGUAAGUUGGAUUGCUGCUGGGGAAGUCCCUCGGAAGUCAUGGCAUCACAAACGGCGGCUGUUCCGCCGGCCGUUAGCAUGGAAACCGACGACCUGGUGGAUCCGAUGAACGAUUUCCUGCCGUUGCUGCCGGAGAACAUCAAGCAGGAGUUGUUUGAAAAUUCCGACAAGGCCAGCGCGAAUCCCUGCGACAGUGCGGAGAAUAAGGGUGACGCCCCGGAGACCGCCUCGAACGACACACCGGUUCCGACAAAAUGCGUCUGGUGUCAGCAGAUGCUGGCCACGGCCGACCACCCGAAGCUGCUCGAGUGUCUGCACGUGGCGUGCGAUCCUUGCCUGAAGCAGAAGUUUUCCGAUCUUCCUCACAACGCACCGGUGCUGUUCUGUCCGGUGUGCAAGAUGGAAUCCCGAAUGGAGUUCAUCAUCGACAAUGUGUUCCUCAGUGAAAACACCGCGGAUGACAAUCCAGGCAGCGUGGAGUCCACAAAGGACAUGAUCAAAUGCAGCAGUUGCAGCGACGAUGCCAUCGCCACGUCCUGGUGCGUCGAGUGUGCCGAGUUUAUCUGUGAUAGCUGUGUGCAGGCACAUCAGCGGCUGAAAAUUACCAAGGAGCACACGAUCAAACCGAAGGAGGCUGCCUGUAGCGAAACCCCCGGCAGCAGUGGGCUGUCCGGAAAGAACAUCAUGUGUCACAUACACUCACAGGAAAAACUCUCACUCUAUUGUGAAACAUGCGACCGGUUAACGUGUCGCGAUUGCCAACUGGUGGAUCACCGUGAUCACAAAUACAAAUUCGCCAACGAAAUUGCCAGCGAAACGCGAAAUUCCCUGCAAGCACUGCUCAGUGAGAUUAGCUACAAGAAAGUGCUGCUUUCCAGUGCGAUGAAGGUGAUCGACGAUCGGCAGGCGUUGAUCACCGAGAAAAAGAAAGAACUUUCCAAAGAAAUUGCCGAUUUGGUGGUCAAAUUGACCAACGCGGUGAAUAUGCGGGGCAAGCAGCUCGUGUAUCGAUUGAAUCAGGUGUGUGACACAAAACUGCAAGUACUGAACGAGAAGAAAGACGCACUACAGCAACUCUCUGGACAUACCGACCACUGUAUCGAGUUUGUGCAGGGUGCUUUGGACAAGGGCAGUGACAGUGCUGUGCUGUACAGUAAAAAGACUCUAGCGAGGCAUUUGCAGAAAGUGAAAUGCCAACGAGCUGAUAUUCCCAACCCGGAGAUACCGGUGCGGGUUCAGUUGUUCCUAUCGAAUGUGCCGGAGCUUCAGAAUGUUGGUGUUUUACUUUCAGUUAUUGCUCGAAUCGGUACGAUUCUCGUGGAUGGAAAAGUUUAUCCACCUCCUCCGGGACCAGCGGGAAAUGGUGUUCCGCAAGGCCCAGGUGCAGUUCAGAAUCGCAACAAACAGCCAAGUCCAAAUAUUACACCACCGCUUAGACCCGGAAUGCCUGGUCCGGGUAUGACAACGCUCUCUUCUAACAACGCCAACGGUCCCGGCGGGUUCCCAAACGUUCCGCCAAUGUACAACGGAAAUACAGGAGUUCCAGUUGCAGGUCCAUUCCCGCCUAAUCAUCCCAUGAAUAGAUCGUUUCAGCAAGAGAACGGUCCGGGCGGAAGCUUUGGCCGAUUUCCCAUGGGACCACCGCACGGUAUGCCACCACAGCAACACGUCAGCUCCUCAACACAUCCUCAAAAUAUGGAUUUACGUAAUCUUUUGAGCCAUCAAAAACCGAACGGACCAAGUCGCGGUUCACCCAACGCUCCAAGUUCUGCCAGUAAUGCUAAUGUUAAUAAUCAAUUUAACACAGCUAACUUCAUGGGCAAUGUUCCGCCUGGUUCCGGAGGUCCUGCCCAGCACCGAAUGCCUCCUCAGAUGGGUGGUGCUCCUCCGGGUUAUCUCAGUGGCCCUGGAGGUAGUCAUCAAAACUACAAUCAAGGUCAACCCGGUCCCAACAGCAGUUCUAUGGGCAUGGGAGCCAACAGUCCACGUUUCCAGAACUUCCAAAGAUUUGCAAUGCCUCCGGCUGCCAUGCGGCACAUGAUGGGUAACAAUACCUCUACUCUUCUAACACCAAAACAGCAGGCAGCAAUGCGCUAUCCAGGCCAGCAAACUCCUCCCGGUUACAACCCGAACUCACCUCAACCUGGUCAGAUGCAACCUCAACAUCCUAGCGGUAAUCCGGGUGCUAAUGCAGGCGGCGGUGGGGGUGCCAAAUGGCAUAUUCCCCAGAACAUGCAAGGACAACAGAACAAUGGUUUCGGAGGCCCAUCUGGUUUGCAUUUGUUUGGUAACGGCCCAAAUGAGUCAUUUAAGAUACCGUUAAAAUCCCCCGAUACAAUGCGUAACUCCAUGAUGAUGAACGGUGGCAAUGUUGGCGGAGGAGCUGUGGGACCUACUCAAAUGCCACUACAUCAUCAACCACACCAACAAAACCAUCACUUGCAACAGCUGCAAAACGCUCUGCCGAAUGUUAGUUCCACUAACCCGAAAACUCCCUCCCCAAGCACAAAUGAGCCCGGUAAGGAUUUUGCUGAGUCCAUCGACAGAACGUGCGAAGAUUCGGUAAACGAUUUGAUGGCGACUAUAGCCAAAUUAGAUUCCAACGGUGUACAAGUGCUUCCAGAGGGUCGGGGUAAAACGACAUCACCCCAGGUGCACAGCUCAACCGAUCUCAACACCAGCAUCUCAGUAGCUGGGGCCGGAGCCGGUGUGCUGGUGGACGAUAAAAGCCUCCCAAAGGAAUUGGAUCCGAAUGAGGAUUGGUGCGCUGUUUGUAUGGACGGUGGUGAGCUGAUGUGCUGUGAUAAGUGUCCCAAAGUGUUUCACCAGACGUGUCACAUACCAGUGAUCGAUUCCCUGCCGGACGAAAGUGAAACCUGGCAAUGUUUGCUGUGCUAUAACUUUGCUGAUUUGCCUCCUGAACCGACGGGCGAAAAGCGUAACGUGGGGAUUACACCGCUCGAGCUUAAAAUUCUGCAGAGGAUUGUGCUGGAGCUGUUCUGUCAGUAUGAAACAAGUAUGCCGUUCCGCCAUCUGGAACCCGAUACAAACAAAGCGUACUACGACAUCGUCUGCAAUCCAAUCUCGUUGGUAAUGAUCCGUGACAAGCUGGAAAUGACUAACAGUGAUCACUACACCGAUAUUCCAUCGUUCAUUUGCGACGUGAAGCGAUUGUUCAGCAAUGUGUAUCUUUUCUAUCAGGAGGAUAGCAUCAUCUUCAAGAGCGCUCAAAAAUUGGAAAAGUUCUUCGAACAGCAACUGUCCAAGUGGCUGCCAAAGUAUUUGGAGAACGAAACUUUGGACGACUACCUCCAAAACCCCGCCAAACGGAUCAAGAGCAUCCAGGAGGAUUAACAAUCAAUUCCCGGCGGUACAGGAGUAUCAAACCUGCCGCAGCAACAUGAACAAGAACAACAACAACAACAACAUCAGCAGCAGCAGCAGUUUUUUCAUCAAGACGAUCUGUCCCAGCCGAAACAGCCCUCCACUUCAUCCAGUAGCGGUGAAUCACCAAUCGAACCAAAAGAAGAAAGCAUCACUUCUGGGACAAUCGGUACUGCAGACUCCGGUGGACCUGAGGACGGACGAGAGCAGCAGCAGCAAGACGGGAGGCCUCGUUCAAGGAAGACAGAAGCGGGUACGCAAAAUACGAAUGGAAGUGGACUGGACGACGCUGCUGCUGCCACCGUCACCGAAGCGACGAAAGAAGCGCAAAGCAGUAGUUAAACACAAGAACCGUCCGACUACUACUGGCGGGGUGGUUCCAGAAUCAAAACCGAAAAAACGGCCGAAAAAGCCAAACCUCGAGGACGACAAAACGGAAUUAUUGUAAUUUAGAUAAGGACAGCGAGUACGUGGACGUGAAAUUCGGACGGGAGUCUGUGCAUGGAUUCGAACAGUUUACAAAAUUGUUUUUUGAAAACAAGUACUGUACAUAAUAAUAUUAGGCUUUGCAAGUAUAUUCACAGCAUUGUGUGGAGAGAAAAUGCUAGCGAUAUGAUCGACAGCGGUCGGAACCUCUAGCGAACAAAUCAAAGAUUAUGAUGAUUGAAUUUGAGUUGUUUUGCUGUUAUCUAAAUUUUGAGUGAAACAAAAUUCAACUUUCAGAGUAAGGCUAAAACAUGAAGUUGAUUCCUUCGGUAAAGUUACAAAAAAACAAAACGUUAGAUCACCGAUUCCUUUGUUGUGUCAUGUCAACCUAAUACAAAAAUACUGAUUUUUUAUUCAUGGCUCGGACAAUUUUUGACUGUUGACAAAAUCUUGCUAUAUUGAUUAAUUCUAAUUCUCAAAUCAGAUUAUUUAUUGUAUCACCUACACAGAUAAGUCUCAUUUUAUGUAUACGUCAGAAAAAUUUGAUUGAUAGUACUAUAUAAUAUCAAUUCCACGGUAAAGUCUAGUGCAAAUCAGAAAAUUUAGAGCACUAAUAGCUAGCUGUAAGUAUAAGCAAGAGAAAACGAAACAGAUACGCAGUGCAUACACUACUAUUAGUGGAUAGGAGAAGAAUCAAACAAAGCAAAUCGCAAAUUAUCACCGAUUGGCAAAGUAUUCACAGGAAUAUUUUGAUUUUGUAGUAAGUACUCCAGACGUUAGCCUUUAGCGUAACGGCGUAUCGAAUAAACAACAGCCGAGUUUUCUCUUUUUCUCUACGAAAUGUAAAAAAAAACCAAAACAGCAAACCUAAACCCUGUUCUCAGUACUCGUUAAUUCCCUGUUUUAGAGAUUAAUAGCUCUCUCUCUAGCAGAUGUUAGUAGUGGCAAUCACCAAGAGCUUUCUCAGAAAUACCGAACACGUUUGCCAACAGCAAGCAGGCAUUUCGCCACCGCUGCCGCUCGUGUAUUGGUUUGAAUAACGUGAAGGCUUCCCAUGACAGCAAAAAGCACUACUGAGCAACUACUUCAAACAUCAAAAUUUAUGGAACCACAUCGAUCAAUAACAAAAAAAAAACAUUAAAAUGAACUCAAAUUGUAAGUAAACUGA